UAAAUAAUGAACUAACAUAUGUGUAUACAUAUUUCUGUUUUGUUUUUUGAUAAAUCGCAAUGGAAUUUCCUAGAAAUGAAUGUACGAUCAUUUUAUGGUAACUUAAAGUAUGUUUAUGAAGUUAAUAGAGGUGAUCAAUGUGAUGAUGACUACAUAUCUGAUACCGACGAAGAAGACUUUAUAAGUAAACCGCCAGAACAGGAGCAUAUUUAUGUACCAGAGACUGAUGAUACCGAUGACUCAGAUGACUAUAACAAGCCUUCUACAUCAAAUGCAAAACCUGCUAAAAAGCCUAGAGCUCCAAUUUGGAAAGAAAUUUGUUUGCCUCCUUAUUCCAGUGAAAAUUUUCCAUUUCAAGGAGAUUCAAACCUUCCUGACUUUAUUGAGGAACUGGAGACACCAGCAGAUAUGUUUAAUUUUAUUUUCAAUGACGAUUUGAUGAACUUUAUUGUAGAACAAUCGAAUUUAAUUGCAUUACAAAUGGAUAUAAAUAAACCUGCCAAUAUUACUCGGAACGAGAUUGAUCAGUUUAUAGGCAUAACAAUAUACAUGUCUUUGAUAAAACUACCAUCAUCCAGACAUUAUUGGAACACAUUCAUUGGCCAAGAAUUUGUACGUAACGCAAUGACAUGUAACAGAUGGCAAAACAUCAAACGAUUUUUACACUUCAAUAAUAAUGAAAAUAUAAGAUCACCUGGUGAACUCGGGUUUGAUAAGCUCUUUAAGAUUCGACCAUUGUUAGACAAAAUUCGUGCUCGAUUUUUGCUUGUACCCAAAGAAGAACAUUUAGUGGUUGAUGAACAAAUAAUUCCCACAAAGUGCCGCCAUCACCUCAAACAGUACAAUCCAGCUAAACCCCACAAAUGAGGAUUCAAAAAUUUUGUCUUGAGCGGAGUUUCAGGUUUCAGUUACGAUUUUGAUAUAUUUGCCGGAGCUCAAAGCGAUACAUUCCCGGAAGGAGCACCAAAUAUAGGAUUAAGUGGAAAUGUUGUAACGAGACUAGCAGCUACAAUACCAAAAGGAAAAAACUAUCAACUAUUUUUUGAUAAUUGGUUUAACAGUCCGAAGCUUCAGGUGUAUCUAAUGAAAAAUGGUAUAUUACCUUUAGGCACAGUAAGGUUAAAUCAUGUAACAAAUUGUAAGAUGCCAACCGAAAAAGAAAUGAAAAAGUUAGGCUGUGGAAGUAUGGUUGAAAAAGUAGCAGAUAUUGAUGGAGUUGAACUUGGUAUCGUCACUUGGUUUGACAACAAAUUGGUAAAUAUUCUUUCAACCUAUGUCGGAUGUCACCCUAUGUCAACGAAAAAACGGUACUGUAAAAGAGAGAAGAAGUAUAUUGAAAUCAAUUCUCCUAGGGCAGUUGAUGUAUAUAAUUAUUUUAUGGGUGGCGUUGAUUUACUGGAUUCUUUACUAGGCCUUUAUAGAAUACAACUGAGGACAAAAAAAUGGUAUAAAAAGAUUUUUUUCAUAUGAUUGAUAUAUGCGUUGUCAAUGCUUGGAUUUU